AUGUUCCCGGUGCUCAGGGUCAGCGUCUCAGGUCUGGACCCCCGCUCCAUGUACUCUGUUCUUCUGGACUGUCCGGUGGACGGCUGUCGUUGGAAGUUCGUGAGCGGGAGUGGGUGUCGGGGGCGGGCGGAGGGGCGCGGCCAGGGGGGGGUCUACGUUCACCCCGACUCACCCAACUUUGGGGCGCAUUGGAUGAAGGGCGCCGUGACCUUCAACAAGGUCAAGCUCACCAACAAGGUCAACGGGGGGGGACAGAUGAUGCUGAACUCUCUCCAUAAGUACGAGCCUCAGCUCCACAUCGUGUGCGUCGGCUCUCUUCAUCGUCUCGUCUCCAAUGUUUCCUUCAGAGAGACGCAGUUCAUCGCCGUCACCGCCUACCAGAACGAGGAGAUCACGGCUCUGAAGAUCAAAUAUAACCCGUUCGCUAAAGCUUUCCUCGACGCCAAAGAGAGGAACCCGGGGGGGCGGGGCUUAAUGGAGACCCCGGAGAGUCUGGUUGGGAUCCAGCCCUGCUGGUCUCUGUGCCCCCCUGCAGGAGGCGGAGCUUUCCCUUACGUGACAUCACACCAUCACCACGGUUACAAACACCACGGUUACCCCGGGAGACACACACCUUACCCGCCCGCCUACCUGCAGCACCGCACACACUCCUCAGUGUGUUUGUCUGAAGGUGUUCAGGUGUUAUCAGACGGAUGGAGUAGCCCCGCCCCUCGUCCCUCCUCCACUUCUGUCCCUCCUCCUCACAGCCCCCCCCCUCACGGCUCCAGUCAGUUUCCCUGUCUGUGGGCGGUCGGAUGCAAUGAGCUAAGCCCCGCCCACUCUCCCUGCACCAAUCUACACGGACCAAUCAGCAGCGAGAGCCUCAUGCAGCCGCCCAAUCACACCCGAGUGGGCGGGGCCACCUGGCCUGUUGGUCCCGCCCACACCUUCUGAGGAGGCGUGUGAUUGGUUGAAUGGACGUGAAGCCUUCUUACUUCUUCUUUAAGUACAAAAAAAACUGCCAUAUAAUAUAUAUUAAUAUUAUUUUCCACCUUUACUCAAUUACAUUUUUCACAACUAUCAUAUACACAUUAUUUUUUAGAAUUUUAACAAUUUAAAUGUUGUUUUAAAAGACAAAAAAAUUCCUUUAUAUUCAAUUAAAUGUAUUAUUUUCUCCACAGUGUGAUAUGUGAAUGAUGCAUGUGUAUUUAUAUAUAUUAUCAUUCCCCACAGUAUCUGAGUAUUAUUAAAUACAUGUAAAUAUUACAGUUUUAUUC